UAAGUAUGGAUGAAGAAGAACCCAUGGAUAUUUCAGGAGAGUCUUUCUCUUUGGGAAGUCCAUCUAGAUUACAAAGAAAUUCUGCCAGUAGAAUUAUUCCACGUCGACAGUCCUUUCCCAUCAAACAGCAAUCAAGGUCUGAGGAUCGUCAGUUCUUGACUAGCAGAACUCCCAAACGUUUGUCUAUGUCUGCCCUGCAGUCUAACUCAAGGGUAGAUUACUCUAAGAGAUAUUCCUCAACUACACCUCAACACUAUCAACCCAGUUCUGUAGAACUGCCACCUCCUCUGAGUGAACAAAUCCACAACCAUUCAACACCAAUCAGAAGUUUGAGUGAUCGUUAUGAACGACCAUCAAAAAUUACACAGAGACAUCAUAAACAUAAAUCCUCGGACAAAGAGGAAGAGGAGGAAGAUGAUCCAUACAUUAGACGUAAAAACAGUCGCAGAAAAAUUGAAAGGAAACGUUCAGAACCAUAUAUAAGUAUCAAACAGAAACUGGCUUUCAUGGCAUUUCUGGUAGUGUUGUUUAUCAUUAUCCAUAUUAUAAAUAGUGCUAGACCAGGGCAGUGUAAGGUAACUGUUGAUAUUCCAAAACUAAAGGAUCAUCUCAAGAAGAAUGUGUUUGGUCAGCAUAUAGCCUCAGAUUUAGUAUUAUCACUGGCAAAGAACCUGUCUGUACAUUUCCGUAAGUCCUUAAAUAACUCCCAGACUGUUGUCUCUUUCCAUGGCUGGUCUGGUAUAGGCAAAAAUCAUAUUGCAAAAAUACUAAAACAGAUGUUUCGACCAGUCAAAGUUAACACAUUCCUUGUUCCCCUUCACUUCCCACAUAGGUCUCAGGACCAGGAAUACCAGGCACUGAUCCCACAGUGGAUAAAGGCUAAUAUUUCACUCUGUAACAUGAAUGUAUUUAUUUUUGAUGAGAUGGACAAAGCGUCAGACAGCGUGAUCCAAGGACUUCAAACUGCUUUGACAGAAAUCAAGAAUUCCAAUUUAACUACAAGAGUCUGGACCUUGUUUAUUCUACUCAGUAACAGCAGAGGGUCAGACAUCAACAAUUAUCUGUUCACUCAGCUAGAAAAUGGUCGUGAAAGAGAAAAUCUUACACAAGAGGAGUUUAUCCCUACACUUACCAGUGAUACAGAAGGGAGCUGGUAUGCUUCUCUCCUUGAGGAGGGACUUAUCACACACACAGUGCCGUUCCUGCCUCUCACAGAGACACAUGUAAAAAGCUGCAUCAUCCGUGAUUUAUACCUGAAGAAUAUGGUUCCUAACAAGGAGACUAUAGAGAAGAUUCUGGGGGAGCUUCCAUUUAACCAACCAGGGGAGAAAGGUGACCGUUACUCUACAACAGGCUGUAAGAGAGUUUCCUCUAAAGUGGAUCUACAUAUGGACGACUGACAAAGUCGACAUACAUAUGGAUGACUGACAAAGUCGAUCUACAUAUGGACGACUGACAAAGUCGAUCUACAUAUGGACGACUGACAAAGUCGAUCUACAUAUGGACGACUGACAAAGUCGACAUAUAUAUGGACGACUGACAAAGUCGAUCUACAUAUGGACGACUGACAAAGUCGACAUAUAUAUGGACGACUGACAAAGUCGAUCUACAUAUGGACGACUGACAAAGUGGAUCUACAUAUGGACGACUGACAAAGUCGACAUAUAUAUGGACGACUGACAAAGUCGAUCUACAUAUGGACGACUGACAAAGUCGAUCUACAUAUGGACGACUGACAAAGUCGACCUAUAUAUGGACGACUGACAAAGUCGACCUAUAUAUGGACGACUGACAAAGUCGACAUAAAUAUGGAUGACUGACAAAGUCAACCUACAUAUGGACAACUGACAAAGUCGACAUACACAUGGACAACUGACAAAGUCAACAUACAUAUCGACAACUCUGACGAAGUCGAACUACACAUGUGGAACUGACAAUGUAGGUCUAUACAUGUGGAUGGCAAUUUAUUUAUAACAAUCUGGACUAUUUUUCAUUAAAAGUGUCCAAUGUGAAGUCUUGGUUCCUCUCGUGGUUAUACAGUAAUACAUGUAUAAAGCAAUCCAGUUUCUGAUGGGUAUUACAUUCCUCGUAGAUAAACACAGGGACUUUGCAUGAAUUUCCAACUCCACAGUAUAAUAAUAUAUUAUAUUAUUUAGUAUGAUACAUAGAGUACACAUACAGGAUUAAGGUGUUAUGUGCCAAGUCCCUGUGGUGGUGGUGGUAGUUAUGUUUUGUUAUGAAUUUGGUAUGUCAUGAGUGUGAUAAAAUGUCUCAAUAUUUUUUUCAUAAUUUGUAUUGACCAUCAAAUUGAAAUAUUUGUUGAGGUACAGGAUUAAAAUAUACAUGUAGAUCAUCAAGUAUGGCAGCUACAAAAAGUUAACUAAAUACUGUUUUUGUUCUGUUCACAAAUAACAUUCGCUAUAUUGUGUUCAUUCUUUCAUAUACAUGUAUAUACAUGUGUAACGGAACUGUACUGGGUCAAUCAUCAGCGACCAGGUAGCUCAGUUGGUAGAGCAUCUGGCUAGUGUUAGGCGGUCCCGGGUUCGAACCCCGGUCUGGCUGCUACAUUUUCUCUUUCUCCUCUUACACAUGUAGAUAUGUUUGAUAUUAGAUUAUAUGUAAUACAUUUAACAAAUGAAUCAGAUAGACAUUAAUUUACAUGUGACAAUUUGAAGAGGUUAAAGACAUUGAAUGAUUUAAGUAGGAUUAGUAUGAACCAGAUGACUAUUAUAAUCAAAUCAAUAUUUCAAAAUACUCAUAAGUCUGUUUAUGAGUGUUUUCAAUGCAGUGAUAUAUUGAUGUUUAAUGAGAUGAUGUGGAAAACUAAAUAUUCAGCAUUUUGUAUUUUAAUUAAAAAACUGUUGCUUCCAUUAUUUAAGUAUUAUUUGUAAUCAUAACUGUUGGUACUUCAAUAUUGUCGGCAUGUUAAGCUCAGAUCAGCAGGAGAUAACUAUUGUAUGCCAGUCUGAUCUCAGUAACAAAGCCAGCACUAUAAUGUUAAUGAAAAAGUUGAUUUAGUUCAGAAUAAGGCCUAGACUUGCAUGUGUAAGGCAUAUAUAUUCUGUGUAAACCUGUGACCUUAGUUUGUCCUGGUGGUCUUGAGCUAAGCUGUGUGAUUUAAUACCUAGACCUCAGUUAGUCCACUAGAUCUUGAAUUGACUUGUGUGAUUUGAUUUUCCCAGACCCAAGUUUAACUUUGUUUUUAAGUUAACCUGUGUGAUUUGAUUUACCCAGACUGAAUUAGAAUGUAAGGAUAUGAACUCCCAUACAGAUAUUUGCCGACUUAAAAAACUUAAAACUUGAAAUAGGUCUUUUUGAAUAAAACAUGUCUAUACACAUGUAAUAUUUUGGCAAAAAAUGUAAAUAUUCUUUCACCAAUGGUCAUGACCUCACUUGACCUGUGGUCAUGUGACAAAAUCUUCUUAACUUCCUUGUUGCAUUC